AUGACACUCCCGGAGUAUGGUGAAAAAGGCCCCCGUUUCCGCAAUUGGAUUAAUGGUGUCAGUACUCUCGCGGGCUUGACUUCAGACAAGAAAGCUGUGGUGCUUUCUUUCAGCCUUGGAAUCCAGGAUAACCUCCGUGAUUGGGGCCCGUAUCUCUAUCUAUCUGUCGCGACAGGAGGCGAGCUCUAUCGUACGAAUUACACCAGUGUCUCUCGACUCACUAUAUGCCUGCUCCUCGCUUGGAUACAGGCUGAUGAAGAUAUCGACAUACCACAGGCCUUCAGAACAACCUACAAAUGUGACCCAACACUGUUCCAUUGGGCUUGCGAGGCUAAUAUGGAGGUGUUCUGCGGCCUAAACCGCGGAAACCUCGAGGUUUUUGAUACUCAUACUACACCACGCAACCGCCUCCGUGUCCCAUAUGGCGAUGCCAGCAACAAUAACCAGCAACUUAACAGAUUUACCAGCGAAAACUUGGCCAAGACCUACAUAGACAGUAGCAUAUGGUACAAAGACGUCAUCGUAAGAUAUAUUAGUCGAAUUAUCAGGACUAACGUAUCGGUCCUCGCUAUCCAUCCCGUAUUCCAGCGACUUUGGGUCACUGUCUGUAUGGACCGAACUGGUAGCAAGAUAAAGAGGGCCCUCAAGCAAAAGUUCAAAGCUCAGGUCCUUCGGAUUUCCGAUGACGAAGACAAGAGGCAAGCACAGGCUUGGUUGGACGAGGCGGAUACCAUCUUGCAUGAGAUCGAUGAGGAGAUCUAAAUGCCGGCGGACUUCAACCUCGGGGGCAACAUCCCACCCGAAGAAACCAAAUGGAGUGGAUAUUGUUUUGACGAGACUUCGAUUGUAAAAAUCCUUGUGCACAAAUCCAGGUUGCGCUAUCAAGAUGUGCACCGAGUGUGCCAAUGAUUGGUCUAGCCUGUGCACUUAUUGUACCAGUCCCUUGUUGUUUUCAGAUAUGCCU